AUGGAAGUUCUCCAAACUCCUCCUUCAGCGAGUUCCUUCACUUCGCUUGCGGAACAUCAGUCGCGCACCCCCGAAUCCUUCUACGAUGGCGCACCAGUCCUUCAUUACCAUAGUUCACGAUGUAAAGUCGUUGUUUUAGAGAGCGACCUCACUGCGUCGCACGCUUUGAAUACUCUACGCGGAGGAGUCUCCAAUGCGAACGGCUCGUCCGAUGAAUCGACUGAAGGGAAAGAGAUUGUACUUGACGGAGUCGAUGUUUUUGUGGCUUCGGAUAAAUUUCUACUUUACCGGGCUGAAGCCAGCUCUGGUGUUGCCCUACCUUAUCCACUCAUUUCGCUCCAUGCAAUCCAAAGAUUCCAUUUGCCAGGCACAUCCGCGGAUGAACCGGAAGUUCAAGGACUAUACAUGCAACUUGCGAAACCCCGAUCGGCCGACGAGACUGGUGCCAAUGAAGAGGACGAAGAAGAAGACAGCAUUACACUGACUAUUGUGCCCCCGCCAGUAAUCGAAGCUGCCAGCUCUGCACUUGGAUCUUAUACAGCGGGUACAGAGACGGCUGCCCUUCUAGCCGAUGAAAUGGCGACGAAGGAGAGCGCGGACACCAAACCGGAGGAGACGUCGACCACACAGGCCUUGUUCACGGCUGUAUCUGCUUGCUCGAAUUUACACCCAGACCCCGUAGUGCACGGGGAAGAUGAAGAAGAAGAAGAUUACUAUGGAGAUUCCAGCGAACAACCGGGAGUAGGAGGCAUAUUACAAGCUGGGUUGAUCAUGCCGGGUGCCACUGACGGCGGCUUACCGCCUCCAGUAGAUGGCAGUUUAGGCUGGAUCACUGCUGAAAAUAUGCAUGAGUAUUUUGACGAGGAGGGGAACUGGAUAGCUGAUGGGGAACCACCUGCCUCCAUGUCUAUGCCGGGCUUGGGUCCUGGAGCCGGGAAUGUCCAUGGUAGGCAUGACGACGACGUCGAGAACGGAAAUGGCGCUGGCACGGAAAACGGGGAUGACGAGACGAAAUGGCGAAGGACGGAUUAA